AUGGUGCCCUCACCAUCUAUUGGCAUUGCCAAAAGCCGCAUUUCAUCUCCGCAGCAUGCGCCAUCUCUAGCGACUCUUUCAACUCCCAACCCCCCCUCUGCUCCAUCCCAAGACUACACAAGCCUCUCCACCUUCCUCUCGUACGCCUCGCGUAUCGGGCUCCCAAAAUCCAGCACCGUCUACAUAGGCACGCACUACGAAUACACCGUGCAAGAAAGACUUCGUCGAGCAGGCCUUGCGCUCGACCGCAUCGGCGGCCGCGACGACGCGGGCAUAGAUCUCCUCGGAACCUGGCACCUGCCCGAGCGAACGGGGAGAAGAGCGCUACGCGUCCUUGUGCAGUGCAAGGCCCUGAGGACCAAACUGGGCCCGAAUCUAGUCCGUGAGCUGGAAGGCGCUCUCCGGCAGCCGCCGGUGGGCUGGCGCACGGGGCAGACGGUUGGUGUACUGGUGAGCCCGCGCGAAGCAACGAAGGGCGUGCGUGAUGCGCUGGCUCGGAGCUCGUUUCCACUGUUCUGGAUGAUGGUUGAGCGGGAUGGGGCUUUAAGGCAGGCGCUCUGGAACGCGCGGGCUGAGGAGCUGGGGCUUGGGCCGCUAGCAGUUGAGACGAGAUAUGCGAUCGCGGGGAUGGAACUGAGAGGCGCUGAGGAGCGAUGGGUUGAUGCUUUGGGGCAGGAGUUCCGGGGUAUUGAGAAUGAUGUGCUUCUCGAUGCCGUUGAGAAGGUAUUCCCUGACGGGAUCCCUGGGCUUGAGGUUGAUGGGAUAGUUUCUGAGGAAGACCGAUCGAGAGUCCGGCAGGUGCUACAAGAGAGGUCCUCGCUAUGA